CUCAACUUCGUAUGAGGAGGUGCAUAAUAUGAUGAAAACGUUUCCACAAGAGAUUGCAGCAUCAACACCACCAAAUGUUAUUAAAGAGGAUAUUCAACGUGUCUUAGAAAUCAUCCAAGGAAUUGAAAAGCAAGGACAAAAUGAAGGGUUAGAGGAGACAGUUGAUGACUUAACUCUCAGCAUCUGGGACUUUGCUGGACAAGAUGUUUACUAUAUUACUCACCAGAUGUUUCUGGUAUCUCGUGCUAUAUACAUUCUGUGCUUUGAUCUCCGUCACGACCUCCACAAACCUGUUCCUGUGCUAGAAGGCGAAAAGGUCUCAUCUUUUGAAUGUCGUAUGACAUACCUGGAGUUCAUCAUUUUUUGGUUGCAGUCGAUCUACUCACAUACAACUGAAAACCCAACGGUUCGGGAACAGGAGCAAUCAUCACCACCAGUGUAUAUUGUCGGCACUCACAAAGAUAUGCUACCAGGAAAUGAAGAACAGAAAAAUGCACUUCCCUUGUCACACUGUAGCGAAUAGAGUGAACGUAUGCCGAUGUUUAUGGAAAUUUUGGUUUACGUUCGCGUAGGUUGACAUUUGUUUG